GUAGCGUAACGUUAGUAUAUUGACAACAGAAGAUUUUGGAGGACUAUGGAAGUUUCUAACUUGAAAAGAAGUCAUAGCUAUAUAUCAUUGUGCCCUUGUUAUCUUCGAUCUAUAAUGUUUGCCACAGUCAUCGGUUCCGUGUACUGACGUUGUUUCCUCCGGAGCAAUGAACGGCGGACCAAAACAGCACAGCAGCGAAGAACUAACAGCAUUUAGCAAAACGGCCGUGGCAUUCAUCUGUGUAGUAGUGACCCAUAGUGUGAGGACUCCAUAGCUAGCUAUGUAGUUGUUUGUUUCCCUUGAAAUUUGCAUUUUAUCUACUGUAAGCUAAAGUGGCAUGACAUGAUGGGAAAAAGAUAAUCUGACCUCAGAGAAACACCAUGCUCUCAGUCAAGCUGACCAGCAGGUUAACUCUGAAUGUCCUGAGGAGGAUUCACCAUGGAGUUUCUUACCCCCGUCUUUACUCCCAGUCUAACAGCUUCCUUCAAACGGAAGGAGGGAGCACAAGAGAAGUGAGUCUCCGCUCAGAUCCCAGUGUGUUGGGAAGAGUGUUCUACAGCCAGAGUGCUAUCUUCCCGCCCCUGAGACUACACCAAACACAGCAAUAUGGGAGAAGAUUGUUCAGUUUAUCAGCUGCUGCAAUUGUGAAUUCAGCACCAGCGCCUGUCCAGCUAUACCUGCGAUUGAUGAGGCUAGACAAGCCUAUUGGGACAUGGCUGCUCUACAUCCCCUGUUCAUGGAGCAUUGCCAUGGCUGCCGACCCUGGAUGUCUCCCUCAUCUAGGCAUGCUCACCCUGUUUGGUACAGGUGCUCUGCUGAUGAGAGGAGCAGGCUGCACCAUCAAUGACAUGUGGGAUAAAGACUUUGACAAAAAGGUGUCCAGGACAGCCACUCGACCCAUUGCAUCAGGAGAGAUUUCUCAGAUGCAGGCACUGGUGUUCCUAGGAGGGCAGCUUUCGCUGUCACUUGGGGUUCUAUUGUGUCUCAACUUUUACAGCAUAGCUUUGGGCGCUGCUUCAUUAUGUCUUGUCAUCUCCUACCCGCUGAUGAAGAGGAUUACCUAUUGGCCACAGGUUGUGUUGGGCCUCACUUUCAACUGGGGAGCACUGCUCGGCUGGUCCGCUGUCAAAGGCUUCUGUGAUUGGUCCAUAUGCCUCCCUCUGUAUUUUUCAGGAGUUAUGUGGACACUGAUAUAUGACACAAUAUAUGCACAUCAGGAUAAGGAGGAUGACGUCAAGGUAGGAGUCAAAUCUACUGCACUAAGGUUCCAGGAGCAAACCAAACUUUGGCUGAGUGGCUUCACAGUGGCCAUGAUGUCAGGACUGGUUGUAGCUGGAAUCAGUGCUGAACAGACUCUCCCUUACUAUGCUGUGCUGUCCACAGUGGCCAUUCACCUAACGCAUCAGAUUUACACAUUGGACAUAAACAAACCAGAGGACUGCUGGAAGAAGUUUGUCUCAAACCGAAAUGUUGGACUGUUGUUAUUUUUAGGUAUUGUAGCUGGCAAUUUGUGGAAAGAAAGAAGAGAGUCCUUGCUGCAGAAUGACGAAGCAGAGAGAUAAGUGAAACAAUUUUGCACCAUUUAAACAAAGGUCUAUGAGCAAGCAAAAAAAAGUAGUAUACACUGUGUGAUUUUAACCCUUACAAUAAAUUUAUUGGAUACA